AUGGGUAAAUACCACACCUAUCCAUCUGAUAUAAGAUGUCUUCUGUACUGUCUUCUGUUGGUUGACGACUAUACUCUUGAUAUCAAUGAACAAACUCACAAAACACUGUUCCAGGAAAUGAGAAAAAGGUAUUACACAGACCUACCUUCAAGUGACGAAAUAAACUUAACAGAUAACCGUAUUACGGAGGGAAUUAUUGAUAGAAAGGGAAGUUUUAUGAAGAUUGAUUCCGCAAAAAUCAGACAUGACGUCAUGUAUGCCUUUGUGACGGAGUGUCUGGUGGAGGACAGUGAUCUGGAGUUUUUCCUGACAACGGCGUCAUAUUGUGUGGUGUCAGAAUACUGCAGGUCCUGGAAUUAUAAGAGGAGUGAGGGAGAGAGAUGUCUGUACGUACCGGACCGACCGAAGAAGAUGUAUAACCACUUCAUAGACAAACUACAGCUGGACAUCAUCACACACUGUACCGUGUCUGACAGGGGAAUUCAUGAUAGUAUCAGUAAACGUUUAAAUAUACCUGAAGAAGUAUUAAGAUGGGAUAUCAAUGCUAGAAAAAGGUUUGUGAAGAACUCCAAGCAAGAAAGCGUGAAAAUGUUUCGCGCCAGAGGUAUGAUAGUUGGGUGUGCAGGAGCAGGAAAAACAACUCUUCUUAGAAGGCUUCAAGGAAGAGAGAAAACAGAUGUAGAUAAGCAAACUGAGACAACUAUAGGUCUUGAGGUCCAUGAAGAUUUGUUUGUUAUCGAAGACAACAAGUUAAUAGAUUUUAGUACCAGGAAGGCAAAUAGUGAAAACCAAUAUCUUGACAACAAUGUGGUAAGCAUGACAGACUUUGCGGGACAAGUGGCGUACUAUGCAUGUCAUCAGGUUUACCUGUCAAGGAGAGCAUUCUAUAUCGUGGUAAUCGACAUGUCCAAAAAUCUUAAGGAAGAAAGUCGAAUGCAUGACACAGAUCGCCAUGACCCAACUGGAUCCUUAUUUCACUCCUGGACUUAUGGAGACUACUUCCAUUUUUGGCUGCAAACUAUAAAUACAUAUUGCAAUGAAGGAAUAAUACAAGGGGAUCCGAAAGACACUACAGCUAUCAAAGACGCCAUGGAGAAUAUCCAUUUUCACCCAGUAAUCCUUAUUGCCUCCCAUAAAGACCAGCUGGGCAGUACUUUUAACACGUCGGACACAUUUUAUAGCGAAUUGGAAGCGUGUUUAUCUAAAGAACAAACCUUGAAAAGGCUUAUAUCACCAUUCCAAUAUUUUGAAGUAGAAUGUCCACCAGGAGCAUUGACUCAAAAGCAGCAAAAAUCAAUUAACUUUGUUAAGAAAUGUAUCGUGGAAACUGUACAAAAGCUACCACAGUGGGGAGAAGAAGUUCCUUUGAAAUGGUUUGAACUUGAGAAAAUUCUUAAUGAUGAGAAAGCAAAUGGGGAAAAAGUCUUAAAGAGGUCACAAUUGAAAGAAAUGGUAAAAACUGUUUCUAUUGACGAAGGUGAUCUCAAUGAUGUUCUCCGUUUCUUACAUGAAAUAGGAAAAAUCAUAUACUUUUCUGUAGAUAAACUCAAGGAUACGAUUAUCAUUGAUGUUCAGUGGUUUGUUGAUGCAUUCAAGUACAUCAUAACUGACAAAAGGCAUUUUGGUCGGAUAGACAACAAGAACCCACUAGUAAAUACCGGGAAAAUUACUGGACAGUACGUGGAAGAAGUAUGGAAACGAUCAAGAGACAAUCAUGAUGUAAAACAUUUUGAUAAGAACGUCAAUGGUGAAAAUGAUAAAAAUCAUGAUUUCGUAUGGCUAUCUUAUAAAAAACACAAAACUGACAUAUUACAAUAUAUGGACAAACUUGGUUUGAUAACAAAAAUUCAAACAAAAACAAAAUACGAUGUAGGUAAUGAUGAGGAGAUGUAUUACAUUCCAAGUAUGAACCGAACCGACCUUCCUGAUGACAAAAAAGAUGCAAUCAAACAAAAACAAAAAUCAUCCCUGAUGGUGUACUUUUUCAAAUCUUAUUUACCCCAUUUUUUCUUCUUCCGAUUAGUGGUAAACUGUUUAAAGAAAUGGAAAGUUUGCGAUGGAGAUUCUUUUUUCAAAAAUGCUGCAUUUUACAAGACAAAAGAUGCUGGUCAUUAUUUUGUCAUCGCCGUCAGCAAAACGUCUAUCCAACUGCAAGUUUUAAGACGUGACGGAACAGUGAAAGAAGAAUGCGUCAAGAAGAUUAGAAAAGCAGUAGAGGAUUUGAUCAAGGAAAUAACAGAAACCUUCCACAGGGGAAUCAUAUAUGAUAUGGGUUUUUCAUGUAGAGACAUAAAAAUCACAGAUGAGGAUGAAAAAUUCUUUUUGAAAGAGUCUGAAAUUGUCAAAGAAAUUGGAAAUUUCCAGGAGAUGUCUUGUCCAAAACAUUUUAUAGGGCCAAACGAUCACAAAAUUGAUACAAAUAAAAUACGUAUGUGUUUGUUGAAGAGAGAGUCCACUUAG